UGCAUGCGACUGACUUCAAGGAACCGGCGCAGAAGUAUUUGGUCGGUUUUUUUUGCCCCUCGACAUACAGAAUUAAUCAGCAGCACGCCCUGUGUUGCUGCUUUUUGUCUCGCUCAUACUUUCUGACAGCGCCACUGCUGGUCGUUUUGAACCCUAUCGUCGUGGGCAACAUCGAGCCCUCAGAAUUGUGAUACAUCUUCAGGGCUCCUAGGCGACAAACCCCGCGCAGGACAGCGCCAUCAUUCAAAAUGGUUCUCGCAAAGUCGAAAACUUCCGUCGGGCUCGGCAAUGCCCUGAUGAACGACCGGUUUGGCAAGGGCAAAGGCACCGACAGGAGAAAGGGUGCUGCCGUCACGAGAACCAACCAUGCUACAGGCGAACAGUAUAUCACCAAUGACAGGGAGGAGGCGGCGUGGGUCAAGAUGCGCUCGGUCACUGAGCAGGGCGCGCUCGAUGAAUUCCUCUCGACCGCCGAGUUGGCUGGCACCGACUUCACGGCGGAGAAGAUGAACAACAUCAAGAUCGUCCACACCGAUCAGAAGAACCCUUAUCUCCUUUCGGCUGCCGAGGAGAGGGUGAUUCUGGGCAAGCAGAAGGCUCACAGAGCAAGGCUGACGGUGCCGCGCCGGCCCCGGUGGGACUCGUCGACGACCCCGGAGCAGCUCGACGCCAUGGAGCGCGAGAGCUUCCUGAACUGGCGCCGCGGGCUUGCUGAGCUUCAAGAAAACAAUGACCUGCUCAUGACCCCCUUCGAGCGAAAUCUCGAGGUGUGGAGGCAGCUUUGGAGGGUCAUUGAGAGGUCUGACCUGGUUGUUCAGAUUGUGGAUGCUCGGAACCCGCUCGUGUUCAGGUCUGAGGAUCUAGAGCAGUACGUCAAAGACGUCGACCCCAAGAAGGAGAACUUGCUCCUCAUCAACAAAGCCGACAUGAUGAGCUACAACCAGCGCCGGGAAUGGGCCAAGUAUCUCAAGGGCGCCAAGAUUGCCCACAAAUUCUUCUCCGCCCAUCUCGCCAAGGAGAUGAAUGAGGCUCGGGAGGCUGAGGAGGAAUCCGAGGAGGAGUCCGAGGAGGAAGAGGUGGCGGAGGGAUCGGCUGCUGCUGAGGGCGGCGCGAGUCUUGAGCCCAAAGGCGCUGAGGAUGGCGAGGAAAGCGAUGACGGAAAGGAGCCGAAUCCGGAGGACGACGAUCUGGAUACCAGGAUCAUCACAGUUGAGGAGCUAGAGGAAAUCUUCCUCAAGCACGCCCCUGAAAACAAAGACCCGAAUCACAGGAUGCAGAUCGGACUGGUUGGAUACCCCAACGUCGGAAAGUCAUCGACUAUCAAUGCUCUGAUCGGUUCAAAGAAGGUCUCGGUGUCGGCAACUCCAGGCAAGACGAAGCAUUUCCAAACAAUCCAUCUCAGCGAAAAGGUUGUGCUGUGCGACUGCCCGGGUCUGGUCUUCCCCAACUUUGCGACAACCAAAGGAGAGCUGGUAUGCAAUGGUGUCCUGCCAAUCGACCAACUCCGCGAGUUCACCGGCCCAGUAGCCCUGGUUGCCAGGAGGAUACCAAAGGCGUUCCUGGAGGCCGUAUACGGAAUUACUAUCCGUACGCGCUCAGAGGAGGAGGGUGGCACAGGCGUACCCACCGCGGAGGAGCUCCUUAUUGCCUACGCUCGUGCGCGUGGCUUCACCAAGACUGGUAAUGCCCAACCAGACGAGUCGAGGGCAGCGAGGUACGUCCUCAAGGACUAUGUCAACGGCAAGCUUCUGUACUGCGAGCCGCCUCCUGGCGAGUUCGACCCGGCCGAGUACAACCGUGAGCUCUAUGACCUGGCCCACCUACCGACAAAGCGGAGGCUUGCACUGAUGCAAGCACUGGAUGCCAUGUCUAUCUCGGACGACACCAUGUCUCUAGCGGGGACGGAGCUUCAGGCGCUGCCUGCGGGACCCAAGACUGCGCGGCUUGACAAGACCUUCUUCGCGGCUGGGCGCAACGGCGGUCACGUCAACAUGCCGUUCAGCCACAAGUACACGGAGCAGGGCAUGGCUUCGGGGAAGCAGCUGAGCGGGAGGAAGGCCAAAAUCAUGGCCGCUCUCGAGAACAACAUUGACCCGAAAGACGCGCGACUGGCGUCGUCAGGGAAGAAGCACUUCAAAGGUGGGCAGAAGCACAAGGCCAACAGGAGACUUGCUAAGCAAGAUGAGGACUAGAGGCGAUUGGUUUUGCAGGGAACAUGGCGUUAAGGGGUGACAAUUACACACAUCGGAAAGGCUGGAGGGAUUGGUUCGGAUGGCAGAAAAUCACGGCUGUUGAAGUGGGUCCAGUGGACACUACUACCAGAAUGAGACUAGCUUAUUUGGAUUAAAUGGACUCAGAAUGACCCAACCCCACGCAGAAUCGCAGGACGCGACGCGACGGUAGGC